CGGAGGGAAGUUUCAACUUUUCGGCUGUUGCUGCUGCUGCUGCAGUUGCUGCUGGUAGAGUCCGUUUCAGGACGCUGCGGGCUUGUUAUGCCCUCUUGCUCCUGGGGAGGAUCCAGCUACUUUGAAGUUCGUCCAAACGGCGCCUUGAUCUUAAGACCAAACUCAACUGGACUGAUUGUCUACAAGCAUGGAGAUGCCUCUGGUGUUAUCAAGGUUUUCCUUCCAGUUCCAGAAUCUUCCAGAAGUGAUGCUCCUUCCCCUGGUGGUGAUGUUGCUACAGACAGGGAGUGGUCAUGGCAGCCUCCCUUUCUACAAUGGCUUCUACUAUGACGGACUCAUGAAUGAUAAAGGUCCGUUCAAUGGUGUCCGACUGACGGUUGAGACCUCCGAUGAUGCCAUCUCUACCCAGCGUGGUGCCAAUGUUACACUGCCCUGCCAUUAUCACUAUGCCCCUAAACUGGAUGCCCCUCGUAGGAUCCGCAUCAAAUGGUCCAAGCUGCGGGAGGACAACUCUAAAGAUCGAGAUGUGUUGGUGGCAUCUGGGAGAAAUCACCGCAGCUUUGGCGAGUUCCGUGGACGGACUCAUCUGCAGCAAGAGUCUUCUGAUGAAGCCUCCUUGGUGAUCAAUGACCUGCGCUUGGAUGAUGCUGGGAAGUACCGCUGUGAAGUCAUUGAUGGUUUGGAAGAUGAAAGUGGGACUGUGGAUCUAGAAUUGCAAGGAGUGGUCUUUCCAUACCAAUCUCCCCAUGGACGCUAUAAGCUUAACUUCCACGAAGCCAAGAAGAUCUGUGAAGAUCAGGAUGCAGUAAUAGCCUCCUUUGACCAGCUCUUCCAGGCCUGGUUAGAUGGCUUAGACUGGUGCAAUGCUGGUUGGCUGAUUGAUGGCACAGCCCAGUAUCCUAUCACAGUACCCCGGGAACCUUGUGGUGGGCAUCACCUGCAACCUGGUAUCAGAAGCUAUGGAGAACGUCACAAGAACCUCCAUCGUUUUGAUGUCUUUUGCUUCUCUUCUGCCCUGAAAGGGACUGUCUACUAUCUUGAUCACAAGAAGAAGUUCACCUUAGAAGAAGCCAAGCAAGCCUGCCAAGAUGACCAAGCUGAAAUUGCCAAGGUGGGUCAGCUCUACUCAGCAUGGAAGUUCUUGGACCUGGACCGCUGUGAUUCUGGCUGGUUGGCGGAUGGCAGCGUGCGCUACCCCAUCACUUCUCCCCGGCCCAACUGUGGCCCACCAGAAACAGGAGUCCGAAGUUUUGGCUUUCCCCAAACUGGGAAAUUUGGAGUCUACUGUUACAAGAUGAGCUAAGGAAAAGCUCCCUUCAUCGGUGGACGGUGUCCUUUUUAUCACCACCUAGAGUUUAUUAUUUAAAGGGCCAGUCUCUUGGGGGGAGGGGGUCUGUUUUAACUGUAUAUUUUCAAGUUUCUGGUUUCUUUUUUUUUUUUUUAAAAAAAACCACUUUUGUCAUGAAACAGAAAAAUGCUGUACAAGCUGUGAUGUGGAAAUUGAGUUGCCUUGGUGUUGGUUGGAAGAGCUUCCGGCUUCGUUGCCCAUUUAAUCAUGUGUUCGGAAAACCUGAGCUUAGGGAUGGGGCAUGCACAUGUGAGAAGAUGCUCAUCUGAUUAUGAUGUCUUUUGCAAUUUUAUGAUGUCUUUUGCUCCUGCCAACAUCUGCCAGUGAGAUUAGGAAGCCAUCUGAAGUAUGGUUAGGCAGCUGUUAUAAUGACUCUCUUGAGAAAGGAAUUCCUGCCCCAGUGUGACAUUCCCAACUCUUAGUAGCAUAUGAUCUCAUCUUAAGGGGUCCAAUAUUUACAACUUUCAAAUCGAAGUGGCUAUUUUAAUGGCUCAGGAUGCUGUAUGAUAAGUGAUCAACAAGAAUCUCAGGGCAAAAAUGGAUGCAGAAGGGGCUAUUUCUCAGUAUCUUUUCUCCUGUUCUUCAGACUGUCAAUAUGAACUGGGGGAAAUGCAAUUCCUCCUGAUUAAUGAUGGAUUGGACCUAGAUCCAUAUUGAGCAGUGCCUGUGAGGUCACCAAUUUAUAUCCUCUUCUUUUUUAUAAGGUGACGAGAAAGUGGAAUGGCUGGGCUUACACAAUAGUCUCUGCUAUCUUGUAUAUUGUUUGGUUUGGGGCAUAGAUUGUUGUGCAAACUCAACCAUUUAGUGAACUGUAGUUAAAACGAUGACUUGGAGUAAUGUAUGAAUCCAGAUUUUCAUCUUUGUAAAACCCUACACAUAAACCUCCUCUAGUUUAGAGGUAGGCCAAUUUGAGGAGAAAACAAAGAAUUAUUGACAAUUGAUAUUCAUCCUGAUGUAAGGGCGGACCUGGAUUAACACAGCUCACCAAGCCAUGUUAUUUUGUCAGUUUUUGUAUGCCAAACAAGCAAAACUCUGUUGGGACAUUCAACCAAACCAUUAUUUUGGAGAACAAUUGCUUCCGUAUCUUUUGUAUUGUCAAAUGUGAGUUGAACACUGUCUUGUGGGGUCUAAAGAUGGGGUCUCUGGGAUGUCUGCUAAUAAAACUUGGAAGACAUCCCCACAAAGAAGUAACUUGGAUAUCAAUUGGAUAUAAGCCAUCCUGAUUACUGAAGCUGUCCGUCAACCAAUCCUAAUUUUCUCCAGAAGUUCUUUUUUUUCCUAUUCGAUUCUACCAGAACAGAAAUAGAAAUAGCACUGAGGUGGGUAGUGGGAUAACCAUGAUGAAUCCUGAGCAUUUUGGAGCAGAAUGGAAAGAAAGUGUUGAAAAGUGAGAUGCAUUGGGCAGGGGGGUGGAAAGGAAAUAUGGGGAGAGGUGGAGGAGCCAAAGGAAAAAACUGGAAGGCUGAUGGAAGGAACUUUGAAUGAGCUGCAUUCAUCAUAACUAAUGAAAGGUCUCUGCUGUUUACAGCCCAGAUCGAAACUCUCUGCCUAAAUAUUGAAAUCAAAUUAAACCACCCUCUUUAUUUAAAUCGUUUGCAGAGGUUGCUUUACUCUUCUUACCAUUGAAGCCAGCCUCAGACUGCAGGAGACAUUACCAUGUUUAAGGGUGUUGACCCCCUUGCUGUGUGUAGGACAGCACAGGGUCUAUUGGAGAAUUGUAUCUUCAUCUCUUUCCUGCUUACUUUCCCAGUAGCUUUAUACCAAUAAAGGAGAAUAUUUGUAGCUCAAGGA